AUGCCGCCGGUUACGGGCCGCCCCAUCGGACGCGCCCCCGCCCCGCAUCCCGUCAUACGCCGCACUCGCAGUUGGAGGGGCAUCAUGCAGGUGCGUUUUAAUGAUACCCGCGCUGACCGUAACCGGAUUCUCAAACAUGCGUUUCUAUGGGCACCAGUGCGUAUCUUUGGAAUAUGUUUCGUUACCACCACAAUGAUAUACUUCACCAUUGGUCACGACCGCUUUAUGCAUACGCUAUUUGGCUAUGAGUCGGAAAUGCACUAUGAGGCCCGUGUUAAUCCCGACGCCAGUAUCUUAAUUGGGGACACACUCUUAGACAAGGAUCGUGCUUGGAAAUCACCCCUUCGAAAUUUAGAGAAACCACUUCAUCCACGCCGUGAAUUCGACGUCCUGCGCGACCCCAAAUCGACAUAA